AUGUGUAAAAUAACUGUGUGGCGUUUUAUAAAAAAUAAACGAUAAUAAUAAGAUUUUAAUCACUUUAGAUUUGCCAUUUGAACAUAAUCCGGUGUUGAUAAUUAACGAAGAAAUAAGAAUAACCCAAUCAUUAGCUAUUUGUCGUUAUUUAUCUUCGUUAUCUAAUUUAAAUGGUAAUAAUGAUUGGGAAGCUUAUUUGAUUGAUAGCUACGUUGAAAGUAUGUACGAUUUAAAAAGAGGUACGUACAGCGAAUGUUUAAAUGUUUUGUGUGUCCAUAACUACCGAAUUAUGAUAUUAUUUAUGACAAUUUUUGAUUUUUAAAGAAUUUAUAAAGUACGAUGAUGCCGCCGCGAAAGCAAAAAUGGAGUUGAAAAAUCAGUUCACCGAUAUACAGCUCCCAAAUUUUUUGAAAAAAUUCAAUAACAUUGUUGCUAAGAAUAAUAAUAAUAAUCUAUUUGUAAAUAACAAGGUAAUACAUUAUAAAUUAUGCAUGAUAAAUAUAUAUAUAUAUAUAUACUAGCUGUCCCGUCCGACGUUACCCAUGCAAAUUAUUAAUUAUUUAUUUUACCCGUAUUUUUUUUUUUGUUUUUCACCGUGUCGGUAUUGAAUGAAAACAAAUAGGUGGAAAGUGAGUAGUAAACCUUCGGCGGACUAAAAGUGUUUUGUUGUGAUAUUUUUUUCAACUUUUUUAUACCAAAAAUAUUUAAAUUCCUAUUUUUUUUUUUUUUGGGGGGGGGGGAGGGAAGAGUAGAUUUCAAAGGAAUUAAAGCCUAACCUAAUCUAUCGGAGAUUGGGAUCGCUAGACAGUAGGAGAGUACUUGUAUAACCGACCUUCGCUCCGAACCGUUUUUCUUUAGCAAUAGUUUAUCGUAGGUAACAGGUAUAAAUUAUGUAUCCCAUAUUCCUAUCUACAACAGUAGCCACAUCCAUCCCCAGUACAGGAUCUUUUUUUUUUAAUUCCACGUAAUCAAUUGCUCUAAAUAAUUUAAACAAAUUUCCCUAAUUAUUGCAGAUAUGUUUAUUAUAUUCUAAGUAUCCUUGUUUGCACGUUAAAUUAAUAAUUACAUAAACAAAAUUACUAUUUGACACUAGUUACAAAAUGCAGUUUACAUAUCAAAUAUAUACUUAUCGAACGUUAAAAGAAGACGUUUGCAUAUUAUUGAAAGAUCAUAAUUAUUCCACGAACAGAUAUUGUAUGUGUGGUUUUUUGACCACGAAGAAUAAAAUUAAUUUUAUUAUUAUGUUUUACAUUAAUCCGGUUCGUGUCAUUUUAAAUUUUAAAACUCACUCGGAAAUUGACUGCGACUUGUGUUCUACCGAAUGUCCAAGCUAAUUGAGAUAUUGAGUGACAUUCAUUAUAUCUGCUGAAACUGUUAUACUCUGAUAUUACAGACUUAAUAAAACUCAAUACUAUCAUAUUAUCAUAUUAUAAAUAAAAUUUAACGUUUAACAAGGAGACGAAGGAGAUACAAUUUUAAAAAAUUAAGGAAUUUAAACAAAAUUACAGAUAUACAACACUAUACCACAUUCAAGGACCACCUAUAGACACAUUGAUUAUAAUCUAUACAACGUUUUUUUUUACGAAUAAAAAAUAUACAAACCUAUACAUAUCAUUUGAAAGUUAAGAUAUUUAGUACUUACCUAUAUAACUUAUAUCUGCAUAAUAAAAGGCUUUAUUUCUCUCUGUACUUUUAAUGUUAAAAGUAUUAAAAAUGUAAUUGUUAUAAUGGACUACAGGUGUCGGCUAUCUUCAGAAACCUAGCGUAUUGAUUAUUCAACCUACAAUAAUCACUGUGUUAAUUUGUUUGUUACAGAUAUAUGUUUUGUUUGACAUAUUAUCAUGUCGUUAUGCUUUUUGUUACGCUCGUUUUCCAAAAUUUCAUGGAUCUGAAUAAAACAUGUUAUAUGCAUAAUCUUCUUUAACCACAUACCCAACUUGUCUCGGCUUGUUACUUUCAAUUUUAUCUUUUAUUUAUAACGCUCAAGCUAUGUGAAAUUCGAAAUUAUAAUUAUAUAAUAUUGAUUAAUAUUUAACGAAGUUAUUUCACACAGGUUUCAAAAACUUUAAAAUUCGGUUCUAUUUUAUUUUAUUUUUUUUUUACGUAAUUUUCAGUAUAUAUGUAUAUUAAUUUAAGUAUACUUCAUUUCAGGUAACUUGGGCUGAUAUAUACUUUUCCAAGAUUGUUGAAUCCAUAACUAUGAUUAUGAAUAUUGAUUUAUAUCAAUAUACACACUUGCCACUCAUUACGAAAAAAGUAUAUGCUUACGAGUUGGAAAGACUACAAAGCCAUGGUAAUAUGUAUAUAAUGUGACAAUUUGUAUAAUAAUAUAAAUUCUACGAUAUUGAUAAAACUUUUAAUACAAUAUUAUUUUUGUUUAAUGAUAUUAUUUAAGUAUCUAAAGUAGAAUAACCAUAUAAAUAUAUAGAGUGAUUAAUCUAUCGUAAGACACACAUUAUCUCAGAAAGUAUUAACUAUUUUCGGAAUAUUGUUCAAUUGUUUAGUGUCAUAGGCACAACUAAGGGAAAGACUGCUAGAAGGUCUUUAGUCCUCCCAAGUUUAAAAUUAACUAAAAAAAUGUAAUCACAAAUUUUAUUUGUAAAAUAAAAUAACUUAUGCAGCAAGAAGAUACUAUUUCACUUUCAAAUUAAAAUUGAAUUUAAUCAUUUUUUUUAAAGUCCAUAUGAAAAAAAAUGUACAUAGUUCACAUGGUUGGUGGGCCACUGUAGUAGGUGAAAAAUUGAGAAAGUAGAAUAUAUAUAUAUGGGAAUUUAAUUUGUAUCCGUGCGCAACGAUAAACCAUUGUUAACAAAAAACGAUAGUUGUCGAUCGCCCCGGUUUCUCUCAAUUUGAAAAUUGCUAGGAAAAUAAAAAAAUAACCUCGUUAAAGUAUCAAUAAAAUUUCCUUUCAGAAAAGAAACUACACUUGAAAAUCGGAGCAAGACUUCUGGUAGAAAAGUUGUUGACGGAUAAAACCAACUUGCUACGCUCCGAAUUUAAAAAACUGUACUAAUGUUGCCUCUAUGAAAAUAGGACCCGGGUCGUCCCUGGUAACUCUGUUAUUACAAAACUUACAUUAUUAAAUAGGUAGUUAAAGUAUGAUACAUAGUGCGAUGGUAAACGAUACGCCAAAGUCAAACGCAACUACUACCCUAUUCAUAUUUUAUAGUUUAUUUAAACCAGAGGUUCUCAAACUUUUAAUUUUGCGUACCACUUAAAUGUAUUAUGGACCACGUACCACAUAAAAUUAAAAAUUAUUUAUUUCUAUAUAUAUAUAUAUUUCUUUAUAUAUUUAUUUAUUUAUAAUUAAUUAAUUAUUUCAAAACGUUAAAAGUACACUAUAAGACAGUAAAAUACAUCAAUAUAAUAUUAAAAUAUAGUGUGAUAUCCGUUAAAAAAAAAUUUGAACCAAUAUUGAUUUAUUUAUUUUCUGUACCAUGUGGCCUUCUGCGUAUCACCAUGUGGCCUACCACGUACCGCAGUUUUAAAACUGCUGAUUUAGACAAACACAUUUGUAAUCACCAAUUUUACUUUUGUAUUAUGUAUGUUGUAUAACAUACUUAAACGAAUUAUUAUAAUGUGUAAAGAAAACAAUCGGACAGAUAAAUAAAAUUAGUAAGUUUUUAGAAUAUUAAUUAAGCACCUGCUUGUCAUCAUUAUUGGUCCCGCACGUAGUUAUGUUCACAUAUAAACAAUUGAAUUAACUCCUCAAUGUUCAAACAAAAAUUCCCUGUAAAUUUAAAUUUAAUAUGGGUGUCCGUGCCUAUUUUUAAAAAUGCCUAGUAAAUUAUUGUAUUAGCAUAAUAGAUUAAUAUAUUUUUAUUACUAUGCCAAUGUACGUAAGUGUUCUCUUCAAUUAUAUAAAGGUCCCCAUCAUCUAUUAAUUUUGUAUCAUUCAUCUAUUUAUUACAUAAUUUAUAUUAUUCAACCGUUACCAAAUUAUCAAUUGGCUCGGUUUUUAUCUGGCACUAUAUUUACUUAAUAUUUUAGAAAUAAUUUUCCAAUAAACCUAUUAUUUUAUCUAUAAAUUCAAAUAACUACUAUUUAUUCUACGCUGUAACAAACGACCAUUACAUGCGUUAGGUUUUAAUUUGUUUGUUUUUUUUUUUUUUUUGUCACAGAAACUUUUGAAUUAACCGAUGAAACUAAAUUCGAAGUUCUAUCAAAUGAACAAAAUGAAGACGUGACUAAGCCUAUUCGGUUUUUACUUAAUGACAUGCAACGAUCUUUCAACGAGUCGUUUUAUGAUGAUUUUGCAUGGGAUUUUAAUUUACAAAAAAGUAAGUUAUUUUCAUUAGCACUAUUCAAACGCGCCGUGUUGCCAUACAAACGAUGCUCCACUACCCAGCCGUAUAAGUGGAAUAUCUCAUCAACGGAAUGAUAGAAAUUAAACUUGUAACUUAAAAUGUAUUUAUACUAAAACUUCAUCUAUUUAUGAAAUCUUCAGUAUAAGUUCCUAUUUGCAAAUCAAUAGUGAUUCCAUAUUCAAAACUAAGGGUUAUCAAAAUAUGGACAAUGUAAAAUGUUUGAAUAACUAUUCAAAAUAUUCAAAAAAGUCAUUUUUUUUAAAAAAAAAUAAGUACCUAUUUAAUGGAAAAUUUGAAUGCAUCAUAUUAUGAUAUUCUGAAAAAUCAAUUUUAUAAAAUAAAAUUAUAAAACAAUCAGUUUUUUACGGAAUGUUUUUAACAUUUAUAAAUGAUAAUAUCGCAUUUACAAUAUUGCACUCAACACAUACACUAUGUACAGCUGUGCGCGCUUACAUAUAUAUUUAUAUAUAUACAUGUAGGUAAAUAUUACUGUAAUAUUUUACAUCGAGUGUCUACUAUUAAAGGAACGUACCUAUCAACCAAUUCCUAAAUUAAAACAUUAAACCGACGUAAAAUAUAAUACGCUUGUUUAAUGCUAACACGGUACACAUUAAUGAUGACAGUUUAUGUAGGAGCGAUAUGUUAACAUAAUAAAAAUACAUAUAUAUUAAUUAUAAAUAUAACCGUUUUAGGUAGGCAGUAUGCGAAUACUCCGGUGUUGAUAAUUGACUACGAAAUAAAAAUAAACCAAUCACCAGUGAUUUGUCGGUUUUUAGCAGCACAUUCUAGUUUAAAAGUCAAUAAUGACUGGGAAGCAUAUUUGAUUGAUAGUCACGUUGACAGCAUGCUCGAUUUACGGAGAGGUACGAGGAAAUCCUUAAACGUUUUGCCGUUUUGUGUGCAUAAAAUUAGAAAAUUAUGACAUUAUUGAAAGUUUUUAUUUUUAAGAAAUCAUUAAGAUCAUUAAGAUCAACGAUGAGAAUGACGAAAAAAUCGCACUCAAGUCGAAAGAACGGUUUUUACAAACACAGCUUCCAAAUUUUUUGAAAAAGUUUAACAACAUAGUUGCUUUUAAUGGCAAUUAUUUCGUUAAUGGAAAGGUAAUACAUUAAAAAUGCUACAUCGUUUGUGGAUAGAUUAUAUAUACAUAAUGAUUAUAAUUGAUAUUACUUUUGGGCGAUGUAUAAAAAAUAAUAUACGAACCUAUUAUGUGGCUAUAUUCUAUAUAUAUAUCAUUUUAAAGUAUAUUUAGUGUUUACCCGAAAUUUAUGUCUACAUAAUUUAGCACUUUGUUUCAUUAGGGGCAUUAAAUAAAUAAUACAAAUCGAAAUUUUGCUACGCUCGUUUUCCAUAUAACUACAUGGACACAAACAAAGCAUAUUGGCCAUACUCUUCUUACAGUCCUCUCACAGCAUACCCGAAUUGUCUCAACUUGUUAUUUUUAAUUUCAUUGUCUAUUUAUAGUAAUUAAGCUCUGUGGAAUUCGAAAUCAUAUAAUUAUAUAAUAUUAAUGUAAUUCAGUUCAACGAAAUUAUUUCACACAGGUUUUUUAACCUAUUAAGAUUCAUUUCUAUUUCAUUUUUAGUUUUUGAGCGAAGAAGUUCAAGGUUUUACAAGGUUUAUUUUUUAUUUUUUAUUUUUCUGUGGACAACUUUUCUACCUGAAAUCUUGUUACGAUUUUUAAGUGUAGCACAUUUCUAAAAGGAAAUCGGACUGGAGAGGUACUUUAAAGAGGUAAUUUUUCAAUUUGCCCAAGAGUUUUCCCAAUAAAUGGGAAAAACCUGGGGAAAACAUGGGAAAAUCAUAAGAUAAAUGGAAAAAAAAAGUACAAAUACUAUUAAAGAACAUUAUUAUACAAUGUCUAUUUAAUUAUUUUACCAUAAUAUGGCAUAUAUAAUAUAUAUUGCUGACCAAGCUACAAUAUCAACUGAACUCCUCUCAAAAUCGUUUUUUCGUUACCAAUGGCAUAUCGUUGCUCACAGAAUACACAUUAAAUUUCCCCUCUACUAUCUUUCCAACUUCUCACCUACAACAGUGGCUGCUCCCACGUGUGAAGUGGCCCGACUUUUUUCCUAUUAAACAUUAAAUUAUCAUACAUGUUUAAUUAUAUCGAUGUUAUUUGGCAUAUGCAUGUGUGUAUCUACUUACAUUCGAAUAAAACGAGAUGGUAAAUUAUUUAAUUUAAACAUUUUAAAUAUAAUUUGUUUGGAUUGUUAUUGGAUACUAAAAAUAAAAAUUAUAACCCAUACUUGAAUGUCGACUGAAACGAGCGUAUACUUCAAUACAAAGAUGUUUAUAACUUUAACACUGAUGUGUAGUAUGAUUUAUAACAGUUUACUUGGGCUGAUGUAUUCUUUGCCGGUAUUAUUAAUUUCUUACACCAUUUUACGGAAUUUGACGCAUCGUUAAAAGGAUACGAAAACUUAUCAACCCUCGUAAAAAGAGUAAGAAAUAUCGAUUUGUCAUUACAGCACAAUUAUGGUAAAUAUAUGCAUAUGAAAAUUUGUAUUCUAAUAUCAAUUCUAUAAUACUGACAAAUGUUUGAUAAAAUAUUAUUUGUUGUUUGAUUAUAAAAUGUAAGUGUCUAAUAAAACUCCUAAAAAACAAAACAAGGUUUUAAAAUAAUCAGUAUAUUCUUGUUAUUCAAUAACUUUCUACGCAUAUAUAUGCAAAAUAUGUAUACCUAAGUGUAUACAUAUAUUUUCAUUUAUUAAAUUUGACAUUGUAUGUUCGGAAUGAAUAUUUGUUUUUAAAAUAAACUAUAGUCUCGAUUUCGAUAAUAGGCACUUGGUUGAAAAUUGUUUACUACAUUUAAAUGAAUAAUUCUGUUCGAAUUUUAUUUUUGGACCAGUAAGAACGACCAUUAAUUAUAAUCAAUGGAACGAAUUAUCUUGAUCCAAUUUUAUAUAUUUUGUAUGACAAUAAACUACAUAUUAUUAUUAAUUUUUUGAUUAAUUCGUGGCUUAAAAAUAUAAUCGAAAAAAUAUAAAACAAUUUCAAACAGUUAGAAAAAGCUCAAAAAUCUUGAGAUAGGAAUAUUAUGGGAAAAUAUAAAACACGAUUUAAUUAUUUAAUUAUUGAACAUGUACAAAACAAUAAACGCGUAUAUUUUUACAAUCGGACAAACGAAAUAUUGAAUUAUGAAAACUCGUAUAUAUCAUUUAUGUGAUAUUUCUAACUUUUUAGAGUUAUUCGAGAUAUUUCAUAUCAGGUACCUCUGCUAUUACAAAAAAAAAAAAUAUAUAUAUUAUUAAAUAGUUGAAGUUUGAUAAUCGCAAUCAGGGGCAUGUCCAUGAUUUUAUUUUGGGGUGGUUUUAAUUUUUAAACGUUAAAACGUUUAAAAAUUUACAACUACAUUAUUAAAAUAGGUAGGUAAAAAUCUAUAUAAGUUUAUACAUAAAAACCCGUAAUCAUUUUAUAUUGCUGUUAAAUAUUAUAAACACAUUUUAUAAAGUUAUAAUUAUAAAUAAUAAAAUUAGCACAUAUAUGAUAUGUAAAUUAUAAUAAUUAAAAAAAACAUUAAUUACAUUAUAUUUUUACAUAAUAUUUUUCAUAGUUUAUAAUAGGUAGUAUGUAUGACAUCUUGUUUGAAGACGAAGCAAAUUUUUAAUCUAAAUUGUCUGGGUCUACUGACGUAAGCUUGAAAAAGACCGUUAUGCUGUCGCAGUUAAUACUGGAAGAGUGAUUAAAAUUUCAAGAAUUUUUUUUUAUAUUUAGAUAAAAUGUAUCGUCUAACAAGUUUAUGGUUUUAUAAAAAAAAUAAGGUUAAAAAUUAAGGAAGUGAAUUUAGGGGUGAUCUGAACCCCCAAAACCACCCCCUGGGCAUGUCCCUGAUCGUAAUACAAUAGUGGCGAUGGUAAACGAUACGCCAAAUAUAAGAUCAACUACUCCCCUAUCCAUUUUUUUUAUUAUUUAUUUACGUAAAUACAUUUGUAAUCACAAUGUUACUUCUGUUUUUAUGUACAUUGUGUAACAUACUUAAACAAAUUAUUAUAAUGUAUAGAUUAUAAAACAAACGGAGAAAUCACUAUAAUAGGUAAGUUUUUAGAAUAUUACCUAAACAAUUGAACAAACUCCUCAAUGUUUAAACAAAAAUUCAUUUUAAAUUUAAACUUUAAGUGAAUGUGAAUGUCUUUUAAGUUAAAAUACCUAAUAAAUUACAGUAUCAGCAUAAUAGAACAAUAUUUCUAUUAUGAUGCUAAUGUAAAUGUUCUCUUCAUUUAUAAAAAUAUCCCCAUUGUCUAUUCAUUUUUUAUCAAUCAUCUAUGUAAAACAUAACUUAUAUUAUUCAAUCAUUACCAAAUUAUGAAAUGGUCCCAGUUUUUAUCUGUAACUGUAUACGAUAUUUACUUGAAAUUUUUCCAAUAAACCUACAAUUAUUUUAUUUAUAUAUUCAAAUAACUACUUUUUUUUUUUCUAAGCUGUUAAUAAAUGAACAUUGCAUUUGUUAGAUUUUAAUUUUAAAUGUUUUUGUCACAGAGGCUUUUGAAUUGACCAGAACAACUAAAAUUGAAAUUCUUUCCAUUAAUGCAAUCACUGCAGACAUGCCUCAACCUAUUAAAUAUUUACUCAAUUCCUUGGUAUUCUCGUUUGAUGAAACGAUAUACGAUAACAAAGAAUUAUGGAAUGAUAGCAUAACAAAAGGUAUUAUUAUUAUUGUUAUUAUUGUUAUUGUUAUAAAAUGUGGAAAAUCGUUAACUAUGAAAUUAAAAAUGACCACACCGUUAAUAUAUCUUAAAUUCAGAGUGUAGUGAAGAAUGUAUUGAUUUACAAAGAUGUUUAUUUUUUUUUAUGUUAAGACUUUUUCUACCAGAAAGCUUACUCCUAUGUAUAUAAUGUAGACCCUUUUUUGAAACGAAAUUUUUUUCUGUGGACAACAUUUCUACCAGCAAUUUUGCUCCGAUUUACAAUAAUAGCACUUUUUCUGAAAGCAAAUCUAACUGGGAAGACACUUUAAGGAAAUAUUUGUUUUGAUUUUCCCAAAAGUUUUCCCAGUGAAUGUGAAAAAUCAGGAAAAAACAUGGGAAAACGUAUAAAAAAAGGGAAAUUCAGUACUAUAUUAAACAGAUAUUAUCAAAAAAAAUGCCUAUUGAAUUAAUUAAUUAAUCAUAAUAUGCCAUAUAUAUAUAUUGUUGACAAAGCAUCACUAUCAACUAAACUCCGCUCAGAAUCGUUUUUUCCUUAGCAAUGGUUUAUCGAUGCCUACGGAUAUACAUUACAUUCCCUUCUGUAUCAUAACUCCCAACUUCUUACCAACAACAAUGGCUGCACAUAGUAUAUGAUCUAAAGGCUUCGACCACGUGCGAAUUAUAUCAGUCUUUUUUAUAUUAUAUUUUUAUUUUUAUCAUCUAUUGAUGGAUUUUUUCUAGGAUUCUAGUGUUCUAUAUGAAAAUCAAAAGUUGAUAGUAAUUUACCUUCUAAAAAUAAAGUAUGAACAAAUUAGGACAAUGUAACAAUAUGUAGAAUAUAAUAUGGUUCUAAAUAGCUUAUACUUGAGUCAUUUUUGAAAGAAAAAAAAAUAGUAUUUCUUGGAUAAUUUGACGGUAGCGUAAUUUAUGGGUAUUAAACAGGUGUCCGGACUAAUGGGGUCUGGAUUAAUGAGAUUUUACUAUAUACAUAAUAUAUGUUUACUUAUUCGCGAUGCUAAUAAAAUUUUGAACUGUAGUAAUUUAUUAGAUAUUUUAUAUAAUAAUAUUAGACAAACCUCCUAAGUGCUUUUAAAAAUAUUGUUUUGUUUUACCCUGUACUACUGCAACUACUUGUAAGUACAUUGAAUAUAGUAUUUUUUUAAUGUAAUUAAUUUAUAAUUGAGUGAAAACUACAUUUACUAAAACUAAUAUUUACAUUUCUCCAGGCCCAAAGCCACGGGGGCAAAUGGGGACAUGGCCCCCUAGACCCUAGACCCGUUUGUUCCCUCCCUUCACAAGCAUUUUUCUCGAAAGACGAUAUAUUUAACAUAUAAAAGGUUCUCAAACUUCUUUUAUACCUCACAAUACACUAUGUCAGUUGAAAUUUAUAAAACUGCUAUGUGGUAUUGAAUAAACGAUGAAACAAUAAUGAUAAUGUUAUAAUUUAUUUUUUUAGGUAUGCCAUUUGGACAGACACUGGUGUUUAUAAUUAACAAACAAAUGAGAAUAACCCAACCAAUAGCUAUUUGUCGUUAUUUAGCUUCGUUAUCAACUUUAAAUGGCGCUAAUGAUUGGGAAGCUUACUUAAUUGAUAGCCUUGUUGAAAGCAUGAACGAUUUAAAAAGAGGUAGAAAUAUUUUAUCGUUUGGCGUAACUACCAAUAACUCUACUGAAUUAUUAUAUUAUUGAAAAUUUUUAUUUUCAAAGAGUUUAUAAAGCAUAUUUCCAAAGACGAUGAUAAAACAUCAAUGAAGUUGGCACAAGAAUUUAUCGAAAUACAGCUUCCGUGUUUUUUAAACAAAUUUCAUAACAUAGUUGCUCAUAAUAAUGAAUUCUUUGUUAAUGGAAAGGUAAUUAUGUUAUAAAUAAUACAUAAUACAUAAAUAGAUACUUAUAGGUAUAGAUUGAUUACAUUCUAUAUAAUAUGUAGGUGGGUAUGUAUUGUACACAAAAUAUACGAACAUAUCAUGUAGGUACCUACUAUGGCUAGGCUAUAUUUAUUUCAUUCUAAAGUGAGAACAUUUAGUAAGUAAGUAUCUACCUACCUAUCUAACUACCUGCAAGUUAUAACUAUAUCAUUUAUAAAAUUGUCUCCUUACGCUAUUUUAUAACAGCGUGGAUUUUUUAAACCCUGAACGUUUAGAGACGACUUUAGAGUUAUUUGGAGGCAUGUGUAGGUUUUAAUUCAGCCGUUCUUGCCAUACAAUGGAACGGAACCACAGACGCUAGAAUUUUGCUAAAAUUUGGAUUUAAUAACAUAAUUCUAAAUAUGACUGCAUACGACGAUAAUAAUAAUAAUAAAUAUUAUCUUAAAAUUCCAAAUUUAAGCGAUAACAGUCUUAUUUUAACAUAUUGUCUCGGCUACGUUGAAAAAAUAGAAAGAUAUCUUUCACUAUCGAAACAGAAUUAUUCAACAACAGCUUCUUCAGUCGAUGUAAGUUCGGAAAUAGAAGCCUCUGAAAAUGUAAAUGGUUCAACAGCUUAUUGUAUUUUAAUUCAUGAUCGUGUUGUAGAAUAUAUACCAUUAACUAGAGAAGUAACAAAACUUGUAUAAUAGUAUUUAAUAAAAACAUAUUUGUCCGUGUACCUUUUAUUCUCGGACUUUUUGACCGAUUCCCAACUCGUGUAUACGUUAAAAUAUGCCGGGAUCCAACUCGAACUGCCGAAUUGUUUCUUUCAAACCGGUAUGCUCCAGUGAUGCUCUAGAAGGAAUGUUAAACUUGGUGGCACAACCCGACAGUUGAAUUGCCAUAGGUGUAAAUCUGUUUUAUAAUACCUACAUAUUGUAAACGUUUGUUUUAUCUAGUGAGCUCGGAGUGGGUUUCGAAUAGCCAAUAGAGUUUUCGCAAUUUUUCUUUAAUCUGUACCAAUUUUAUUUUGAAGAUGUGCACCGUGGUGUUUCAAACCUAAACGUGAGUCGAGAUGCAUUUUGCUAAAUCUUUUUGUGGGAUUAAUGUUUGAUUCGUCAAAAUUUGGAGGUGAACGGUUUUUCGUAGCGUACAGUUAACGUGUACGUACCGAUUUAUCACCAUUUAUCAUAGUUUUCCAACGUCUCGUCUAAACAAAGAUGUUGUCAAUUGACUUUUGUAAGUUAUCAAUUGCAGUUAUAAUCGAUUCUUACCUACGUGUCGACAAAAUUACCGUAUAAUUGGCAAACAUAGCUAUUGAUGUUAUAUCAACCGCGCAGAGUAGGUACAGAAUAGGUCCGAAAACACUACCUUGUGAUACCUAUUCCAGCUAAGAUAUUUUUCCAUUCAGUUACCAACUUCUUCAUGUAUGACUCAGAAUGACGGUCGGUCAAGUAGGAUUCAAAAAGUGCACUCCAGGUAUGUGGCAUUUGUUCAAGCAGUUUUAUGAGAAAUCCCUUGUACGAGACUUUAUUAAAAGCUUAAGUUAGGCCAAUGAAGACUCCACAGCAAUACUUUUUUUUCUUCAAAAGCUUUACUUAUCAUGUUAAUGAUUAGACGUCAUUGAUCAAAUAAAUCACCUUUAAUAUUAAAGAGAUAGCGUAUUCUUUAGUAUAUCUAUCAUAUGUAUAAUUUUAAUACUUUUAUUAGUACCUACAUUUUGUUUCAGCUAACUUGGGCUGAUGUUUACUUUGCCGAGCUUGUUAAUCAUAUAGCUCUAUGUACGGGAGACGAUAAAUAUCACACAUAA